GCUUCCUGCAUCCUUUGCUGCUCUUUCGGAGCAGCUACAGGUGGGCACGGCAGAGCUCGGGCUGCUAAACUUGUGUCAGAGCAUCGCUUGCUCCCUUGCCUUGCCUGUGUGGGGCUGGCUACUGCAGCUUACGUGCGGAAGGAACCUUCUGGCAUCUGGCUGCAUGAUGUGGGGCGCAGCUACCUUCCUCUUGGCCAUGAGUUCGAAUCUGUGGAUUCACCUCAUGCUGAGACUGGUGGUCGGCGUCUCCCUCGCUGUCGUGACCCCGAUCGGCCAAGCGAUGAUCUGCGAGCUCUAUCCAGAGUCUGGACGUGGGAAGGCGUUUGGCUGGCUUCAGUCAGCCAGUACCUUGAUGAGUGCCGCGGUGACAUUUGCAACGACCUGCUACGCCCGAACGAGCAUCUGCGGAGUGUCGGGCUGGCGUGUCAUCAACGUCCUGGUAGCGGCGCUGUCCUGGGGCAUGGCUGCCGCGAUCCGCUGGGCGGUGCCGGUUUCCUUGGUUGCCCCAUCACCGGGGAGGAGGGCGGGCUUGGGCGACAUGCGAGCACGAGUCACCAAGCUGGUUUGCAAGAAGCCGUCGUUCAUCCUCCUGCUGGGUCAAGGUGUGACGGCUGGCAUUCCCUGGAAUGCCUUUGCAUUUCUGCCCCUCUACUUCCAGAUUUCGGGCUUCCCGGACCUGUCGGCCGGCGAGAUUGUGUCAAUGGGAGGACUUGGUGGUGUCAUUGGAGGCGUCGUUGGCGGAUGGCUGGGUGAUUGGGCACACCGGCGCUGGCCCUAUGCAGGGCGAUGUGCUGUGGCGCAGCUGUCUCUGUUUCUUGGAGCGACCGUCUUCAUUGCAGUCAUGAAAUGCUCCGCCAAAUUUUGGGCAGUGGUGUCGCUUCUCUUCCUCUUCAACGUCGUUGCGUGCUGGUGCCAAGCUCAGCAGUUAGAAUCCUAG